AUGCUGAGCGCGUCGGACGUUGUGCUGCUACUUGCGGCAGCGAUCAUCGCCAUACCCUCUUUCAAAAUAUUCGUUUUGGGGCCAGACAAGGAUGUGAAGAAAUCGAGUAUCCCACCUGGCCCGACGCGCCUAGGAAAAGGUCCAUUUGACAUGCCCGCAGAGCCGUACAAACGAUUCAUGGAACUUGCAAAAGAGUAUGGGCCUGUGUUUUCCUUCAAACUCGGUCGUACACCGGUCAUAGUGCUCAACUCAGGAAAAGCAGCGUGGGAUCUGUUAGAAAAACGUGGCGACAUGUAUUCAAGCCGACCAAGGAAUAUCAUGGGGCAGGAGAUCAUGUCGAAGGGGUACUGGGGUCUGGGCAUGCAGUACGGAGAGCAAUGGCGAAGGUGGCGCAAAUUCUGUGCAAUGUGCAUGAACGCUGCCUACGCGAAGCGCAAUUACCGACCAUUCCAAACUCACGAGUCGGCUUUACUCAUGCGCGAUAUCAUGUAUGGCCCUCAGAUGUACAAGAAGCAUUUCGAGCGCUUUGCAACAUCCCUCACGUUCUCGGUCGCCUACGGGAAUCGCAUCGCGACUUUGAAUGAUCCCUUGCUGAAGGAAAACCGAGUUGCAGGUAGUGCGUUCGCCGCUACCAUGGUGCCCGGAAAGUAUUUUAUCGAAUCCUACCCAUGGCUUCUGUGGCUUCCGCGGCCGUUGCAGUGGUUUCGUAAAGCGAUGGAAGAAAGAGGGGCACAGAAUACCGCGCUCUACACGCGCCUCUUCCGCGAAGUCAAGAAGAAGAUGGACGCAGGCACAGCCAAGCCAUGCAUCUCUAUGCAUUUGUGGGAGCAUGGGCCCAGUCCUGAGUUGACUGAGACUGAAAUGGCAUACUAUACGGCUAUGCCAUUUGCCGCGGGCACAACAACAACAUUUGGCUCUCUCGAACUCUUUACCCUGGCCGCAAUAUUACAUCCUGCUGCUGUCGCGAAGGCUCAAGCUGAACUCGACGGCGUCGUGGGCCGUUCACGCUACCCAACGUUUGACGACGAACCCUCCUUGCCAUACGUCAAGGCCUUCAUCAAGGAGAGCAUGCGCUGGCAAGUCGUCGCACCGACCGGUCUAGCACACGCUACAACAGCAGAAGAUGAAUACGAGGGCUUCCGCAUACCCAAAGGGGCCACAGUCUGGGGAAACAUCAACGCCAUCUCGCAUGACCCUGACCUCUUCGAUUCGCCCGAGCUAUUCGAGCCAGAGCGUUUCCUCGGUGAACGCGGAAAGCACCCGCGCCUGGCAGACUUCGACCUUCCGUUCGGAUUCGGGCGUCGUAUCUGCCCUGGCCGCGCUAUAGCAGAGCAGGCCCUGUUCAUCGUCAUCUCGCGGAUGCUUUGGGCAUUCGAUUUCUCGCCGGCUCGCGACGAGAAAGGACAGGCGCUCCUGCCGGACCCUAACAACGCGACGAGCAACGUUACGAGGCGACCUGCGGUCUUCCCGUGCGCGCUCAAGCCGCGCAAUGAGGAAGUUGGAGUGCUGAUUAGGGAGGAGGCGGCGCGCGCGGAGGAGGCGUUGAAGGAGUGGGAGUGA